AGCUUAAAAUUAUUUUUGAGGCAGCGGUAACGCUUAAACGGUUUAAACCGUGAGGCGCGAAGGUCGUUCGGUGAACCUGCUUGCAGUAUGAGAAAUUCUGAGAUCAAACUUUGUGGACCUGAAAAUUUUUCAUAGCAGGGCACGUCGUUGCUUAGCAACCAGCGGCUCAAAAAUACACAAACAAAUCGAACGAAUCGAGGGAAGGAUUAACUGGAGUUUGUCACAGAGAGAAAUGCUUGACAACCUUUAUCACUAACAAUGUUCAAACUAAAAAUUAUUUUGAUCGGUCCAAAAAAGUGUGGCAAAACAGUCAUUGCUAACUUUUUAGCAGAUGCAACAGAAAGCAGUGGUGGUGACUAUCACCCCACACAAGGGGUGAGGAUACUUCAAUUUGAAAGUGCAAACCUUCCAGUUAACGGACAGUCAGUGAAAGCAGAUGUGGAAUUGUGGGACUGCAGUGGAGACCAUGCGCUUUUCGAAUCUUGCUGGCCAGCCUUCCAGCAGGGUGUUCAAGGCGUUGUGAUGGUUUAUGACCCAAAUACAUCUGGACACACCAAUGAGUUGGAAACACUGUACAGUUAUUUUGUUCAGCAAGGAGGACUGAGCAGUAAGAGCUGCCUGAUUCUUGCAAAUCCAAAGUCAUCAAUGAGAUCGACAGCCGUUCCUCUCAGUGGCACAUUCAGUCGUGUUCCUCAAACUACUGCAAAUAUAGAUGAAAAUGGCAACAAACUCCGAUCUGAGUUCAACUCCUUUAUGUCUGGAUUGAUCAGUCGCAUGAGGGAUUCUCAUGAGCAAGAAGAACUAAGCAUAAUGAGUAGUUUCCACACAUAAUGUUAAACCUCAAAAAACAUUAUAAAAAUGUGAUUUAUAAAAAUAUAUUUUACUGUCUACAA